AUGGUCCUCGAAUACCUCUUCUUCUGGAACUACAAAACCGCCGAAAGCAACCAAUGGCGUCCUCAACCUGGCCACAACCCAACAAAAUACAUCGACAAUCUACCAGCUCCACUCAAACGUACAGACGUGGAAGCAACAGUUGUCGAUGUGGCACCCUUCGUAGCCGGAGUUGGUGGACUCGCUCAUAUCUCGCAAAUCAUGGAUUUCGGAUUCACAGCACGGGCGAGCAUCUUUCAUAAUGUCAAGACCAUGACGGCUAUGCAUCGGACGGUUAUCUAUUUGACGCCGCUGGUCUUCAUGUGUCAAGCUGGCGGCGUUGAGUACAGGAAUUUGAUCCCGCGGUGGGCGCACGAUAGAGAGCUUCGGCGCGAUGAAGAGGAAGCGCGAAAGCACGUCGACGUCGGAAUGGCGAUUGGCGGUGUUAGUUGGAUCUCCAGGUUGUUCUUCAAGCUUGGUGCUCGAUACUGGGCUCCGAUCGACAUCAUCGCUGGAGGAGCACUGGCCGACCUGCUGCAGAGAGAACAUAUCAAAGCUCAUGGGCUGUAG